AUGUCGGUAGAUCAGUCGAAGACGCUACAACUUUUCUCCAGGAAGCAGGUCUCGGAACAUAAUACUGCGGACAACUGUUGGGUGACGGUUUCUCACCGAAAGAUUUACGACGUUAGUAGGUUCCUUAAUGAACAUCCUGGUGGCCCCAAGUAUAUCCUGGAUCAUGCUGGCGAGGAUAUUACUGAGGUUUUGAAGAACAAGACUAUCCAUGAGCAUAGCGAGUCUGCUUACGAAAUCUUGGAUGAAGACUAUCUGGUGGGUUAUCUAGCUACAGAGGACGAGGAGAAGAAGCUGUUGAGUAAUCCAAGUCACAAGGUUGAAGUUAAGCUUGCCGGUGCUGAUGAGACGUUUGACUCUACGACUUUUGUCAGCGACCUACCAACAGAGGACAAGCUAAGUAUCGCUACUGAUUACAACAAGGAUUUCAAGAGACACCAUUUCUUGGAUCUGAACAAGGCUCUGCUGCCCCAGGUGCUUUUUGGCAACUACACAAGAGAUUUCUACAUCGACCAGAUCCACAGGCCCAGGCAUUACGGUAAGGGCUCGGCUCCCUUGUUUGGGAACUUCUUGGAGCCGCUCUCCAAGACCGCCUGGUACGUUAUUCCAAUUGUUUGGCUGCCAGUGGUGUUGUACAAUGUAGCUGUUGCUUUCAAGCAUAUGAACCCAGUGUUCACAGUGUUUUUCUUCUGUGUCGGUGUUAUUGUAUGGACCUUGAUCGAAUACGGACUGCACAGAUUCUUAUUCCAUUUGGAUGACUGGAUACCAGAACACAACAUAUUCUUCGCUUUGCAUUUCCUCCUGCACGGUGUUCACCAUUACUUGCCAAUGGACAGAUACCGUUUGGUUAUGCCACCAUCUCUGUUCGUCAUUUUGUGUGCGCCUUUCUACAAACUGGUGUUCAGAUUGCUGCCUCUGUAUGUUGCGUAUGCGGGCUUCGCUGGUGGCCUGUUCGGUUACGUUUGCUACGAUUUGACCCAUUAUUUCUUGCACCAUUCGAAGUUGCCUCCUUACAUGCGCAGAUUGAAGAAGUAUCAUUUGGAACAUCACUACAAAAACUACCAGCUGGGUUUCGGUGUUACUUCGUGGUUCUGGGACAAGGUUUUCGGAACCUAUUUGGCACCAAACUCCCCUGUUUCCCAGAUGAAGUACGAGUAA